CGGCUGGCUUACUUGAUUAAUUUCAAGUAUGAAAAAAAUCCACAUACGACAACAAAUAUUUUGACGUUUAAUGGGAGCGAAUAGGAAAAAUACUGAUUGGCUCAAUAAUUAGAAAUUUUUGGUAAAAUUCAGCAAUUUAGCCAAUAGUAAUGCGUAAUUCUAUAUAAAAUUUAAUAUUACAUUUGUUUAAGUCAAAAGUUUAUAUUAAAAACGACCUAUAAUAACAAUACUGAAUAUAAAAUAGAUGUACUCCGCGUUAGGGAAAGUGUUAUAGGGGCGUAGGUGCGUUUGUGUGUUUUUCUGAUUGGAAGUGACACUUUGAUCCAAGUGAAAAUUGAGAAGCAUACUCUUGUUUAACUACCUACGACUGAGCAAAAUAAACACAAUAAUCAAGAAGGAAUACUAUAUAGAAAUAAGCAAUUUUUGCCUGUACUAUAAAAGUACUGGAUAAACCAUUCCACAAAAUCCGGACUGUCCUGCUUAUGCCACAAAUGUUUUUGGUUGCGCAGCAAGCUUAAAAAUAAACAACGACUAAAUGCGUGCAAAUGUUAGUCUGAUGUUGUCGCAUGGUGCUAGCGAAACUGUUAUGUCGCGGCCAGAUUAUGAGCAGAACUCGCUACAUCAUGGUUGUUUAUUGGUGCUAUUACGUGGCGUAGGACCAUCGAAGCCACGUUCAUUGCAAAAAGCGUUCGAUAAGGUACGCCGCGUCAGCAAUGUUAAGAUAAAUGACUCCUCAGGUAUUACACGUGAUAUUUGGGUACGAUACAUACAUGACCAUCCUGUAGAAAAUAAUGAUUGGGGUGAUUUUCAAACCCAUCGUCGGCUACUUGGCCUAGUGACUAUUGGAAAAUUUGAAAAUCAAACCGAGUUAAACGAACUUUGUAGGCAACAUGAGUCUCUCAAAGUUCGUUACAGUGGUACACUGUAUGAUUCACGUGCAAUAUUCUUUGGUCCAACAUCAGCAAAUACGACUGAUAAUGUCAAUUCCGCCGGUGGUGAUCAACAGCAUGUAGAUUCCAGGAAUAAUAGUUCUAAUAUUAAUUCUAAUAGUGUAGGAAUUCAUUGCACACGUCUACAGGAUGAAUUCACCACACCCUCCAAUUUUAAGGCCCAAGCAUAUUUCUAUCGUGAACAGGAUUCUUGCAGUGACUUGGAGUCACACAUUGCUGAAUUUAUACAUGCGUUAUUUUGGGUUUUAGAAUCUAAACGUUUGGAUAGAUCACGUGAAAAGGUGGAAAAAAUUAGUUUGCUUUUAGCGCCUAAGGAGAAACGUGACUUUGUCGGCAUGGAUAUGGAUUCACGUAUGAAUCGUAAACGAUGCGUUGGCCGAGUCAUGAAAAAUUUGGCUGACUUGUCUUUGCAAGCUGGUCUAGUAGUAGAAGCAUUGGGUAUGUAUCAUAGUGCUUGCGACACCUUGCGUGCCAUAGGUGAUUCAUUGUGGGUAGGUGCCACAGAGGAGGGUCUGUGUUCGGCUUCAGCGAUUCUCCUGUACCCACAUUUGCGUGAAAGUGAUACGCUACAUCGAAAUACAUCUUUACAAGACGCAGGUUCUUCUCCGCUGCGUAAUACGCCAGAAAAAUGGCGUGCCAGUGAUGUCACUGUGAAAGUUCAUGCGAACGAGCAUCAGCAUAAUUCCCAAGAUGAUGGGCCUGCCGUCACACAAAUGGCAUCUGCAUCAUCAUCUUGCUCCUCAGUAUCUUCCCUCUUGACAAAUUCUCCAACUUCCGGCACGCCAUCAUCAUCCUCUUCUACGUCCACCAUCUCAGCGGCGCAACAUGGCUUACGUACAGCCGAAUUGCCUAGCAACAUACUAAAACCCGACGAGCUUCAUGGGUACUAUAGACGUGCAAUUAUAAAUUAUAGCAAAUAUAGUCAUGCCGCUGUUAUAGAAACCGAGGCGGCUUUAAAGGCAGCACGCAUUUGUAUUGAACAGAAUCGGCCAUUAGAUGUCGCCAUGUUUUUACAAAAUAUACUAUAUUUGAAUGUGAGCAUGAGCGAACCGGAACGUGUGAAGCGUUUCGAAGUCAUAACAGAUUUGUAUCAUCAAAUCGGCUAUAGACGUAAAGCGGCGUUCUUUCAACGCUUAGCGGCACUUAAAUACGUCCAACAGGGCAACCCUAACCCUGAUUGGUCACAAACGUAUCGCUUGAUGUUGGAAAGUUUCCCUGGUUAUUUACUUUCGCUGGACCCAAUGGAAGUGAUUGAUAAUGCGGCGGGUUGGCCGACAUUACAAAUAGAUUUGCUGCAAGGUGUCAUAGCUGCCGCACGACGUUUGGGACAAUCAGCAUUAGCCACACGACACAUGACUUUCUUGCUGCAAACACAAUGGGCGCACAUGACGCCAACAGAGCAAAGCGAUAUGUCUGUGCAAUUACAAAAUUUAAGUGCGCAAUGUGAAGGUUCACCUGUGCCUUUGGUGCUAGAAAACGGCACUGUCAUACCGCCAGCCAAUCUAACUGAUUUGCCCUAUUGCGUGGACUUGGUUGUGCGAGAUUUGCCGGCUCAUCUGCGGCCGCAAAGGAUAAAAAUUGUUAAAGCAGAUAGUGGACCCUUUCUCUUCACGCCUAUACAUCUAAACUCGUUGGAUAGACGGGAAAAGAAACGUGAAAAAAAUAAAAUUGCCUUUCUAUGGGUGCAAAACAAUUUGAGCGAAGUAACGCUCCGUCUGCGCAAUCCACUACCAUUUGAGCUGACUGUCAGUGAUAUGCGAUUACUUACGAAUGGCAUCGUAUUUGAAUCGCUGCCCCAAACAGUCAUCUUACAGCCACAUGUACCAACCACUGUCACACUGCAUGGCACGCCCAUUGAGGUGGGCCAAUUGGAAAUACAGGGUUAUAGCACUCAUGCGCUUGGCGUCAAGUCUAAUUGUCGUUUGAAGAAUAUGCGUGGUCGCAAAUUUCCGCCCAAUUAUUUAGUGGAUGUAAUACCAGCGCUGCCUCGUAUAUCUGUGAAGACCUCUUUGCCGCAAACAGCAACAUUCAGCCAACUGGCAAGCUCAGAUAUUGUCAUUACAUCCGCCAGUUUAACUUUAUAUAAUGGUGAAUCAUCAACUUGUAUAAUAACCAUAACGAAUGACAGUGCUUUGCCCGUGGAACAUUUGGAAAUAAGCAUCAAUUCGAAUGUGGAACCUGAAAUUCAAAAGAAAAUAUUCUCAAUCGACGAAAAGGCUUUACAAACAAAGCUACCCAUUCAGCCGAAUAGCUCAAUCGACUUCACGGUGCAUAUUUAUGGCGAGGCUGAUUUUAUCUGUCCCAUUGUAAGUCAACGUGCCGCUUCCGUGCAUUCUAGCAGCACAAUGACUGCUACCUUGCAAGCAGAUUUUGCUGGUGGUAGUGGUGGUGGUGGUGCUGGUCCACAUUCAUUGCAAUACUCUACACUUUCCUCAUCGGGUCAUGCGAGUCUGCCAUCCCGAGUCAGUUCACCCAAUCAACAACAAACGGCGCACAAUCGACGCAACGAUCCAAAUAAUCUAAGUUUUCGUUCAUCCACAUCGGGUGGCACGACAUCGCUAGCUGCGCUUAGCUUGCCGGCAGGUGGAGCGCAUGGUAAUAGUGGUCAAGGUUAUGGACAACAUGUUGAGGCACAAUUUCGUAUAAAAUACUCAGGUGGUGAAGGCAUGCAAGAGGGUUACUGCCGUCAAUGUGCAAUAUCGUUUAAUCUUGAGCUUUUACCGAGCGCGCAAAUAACCAGCUGGGAUGUGUUGCCGGCGGAAAUCCCUUCACAAUUUUAUUUGGUGCUCGAUGUUUCCAAUUUGACUGCUCAAGAAAUGUCGCUCAACUACACUAACAAUAAAAGUAUAUUAAUUGAAGCCAAAGAGAGUUGUCGUGUGCCAAUACCAGUCGAUCGUUGUUCAUUAGAGCAAGUGGUGGCGGCACGUGAGGCGGAAUAUGCUGAAAAUAUGGAAAAGGAUCUUUGUUAUCGCACCCAGUUGCUCUCCUUCAGCGACAGUAUUAGUAAAUUAUGUUCAGAGCACAUAGCGGAGCGUGUGAAAAUCAGUUGGCUUCUCACUGGCACCGAUAUACAGGGUAUAGCAUCACUACAUGGCAUCGUGUUGACAUCAGCUAUGAUUGACUUGACAACUGUUUCACCGCUACAAUGGACGGUAUCCUUCCAAAAUACACCCGUUCAACCGCAAUCGGAAAUCGUUUGCGCCGCCGGUCAGAGCGCCAUAUUGAAUGUUAGUGUUUGCAAUCAAUCAGCGCAGCCAUUACGCAACCUGGUGCUUACGAUAAAGUUCUAUCAGGACUACUUGAAUGGCAUGGAAAAUUAUAAUUUAGAUACACGCGUUGCCAUUUCGGGUUCAAAUAGAGUUUCAAUACCUUUUCUACAAAAGCACGCACAAAUUCAACACGAAUGCACGGUAAUUUUCUUUACACCUGGCCGUUUUAAGGCGAGCAUACAAUGCUGCUCUAAACCUCAAGUAUCAGCAGCAGCAGCAGCAGCAGUAGCAGUUACAACACAAUCAGCAGUUGGUGCCGCCACCCAAACGUCGGUAGAUCCAAAUGUGCCUACUUUACACAUAAAUGAUAUUGUUGGCAGCGCUGCUAGUUAUCAUGAGCAACAGGAACAUAUUUGGAAAUUCAUACCGCCUAUUGAGGUCACUGUCAUUGAGCAAUAAUGGAAAAUAUGUACAUACAUACAUAUGUAUUCGGAAUUAAAAGUUCUGUUUUGUGAAGCUAAAAAAUUGGUACGCAAAGGUUUUGUUAUCGCCUUGUUGAGACGUCGACGUUUUGCUAGCUGUUAAUUUAAAAAAAUUGUCAACGUUCCAUGCAAACACAUUGCAUUAUACUCGUUUAUGAUAAAAUUUUGUUAUUUGUUCAUAUCAUAUAUAUAUAUAUACAUACAUAUUUGUUUACUUAAUUGAGUUGAGUAAAAGUGACUUCUGCGUUAAGUCGUAAGAGUGCAAUAUUUGAUCGCUCUGU